AAAAGUCAAAAGCUCAGCAGCUUUCAAAACAAAGAAGCUUCGCGUAAGCCAUCAAAGAAACAGUCACGUCACACAAUUCUCAACACCAAACACCAAGUGAACACAUCCGAACGCAAUCGCAGCGAUGGGAUCCCAAAUGUUUGAACGUAUUCGAUUGCGGGAGUUGGCCGAGGCCCAGGCACGGGCCUGUCGGGUGCCGCUUCAUCUGCAGCCGCAGAUCGUGAAUAUGGGUGACUACACGGCGCAGUAUCCACCGACUGCCCAAAUUCAAGGACGCUCGGGACGCAUUCGUCGGCUGGUGACUGGCGUCCCAAGGAUCACCGUCAGCGGCCGUGCUAAUUACAGUCCAUUUUCGGGUGAAUCCAAGCAACUGGUGACGGCUCUCACUUUAGCAGCAGCCAAAACUGCUGCAGCAGAGGCUGCGGCAAAGGCAGCGGCAGAGGCAGCUGCAGCGGCAGAGGCUGCGGCUCCACGUCCGGCUAGAGCUCCAGCCGGUGCCCAGAUGAGGAGGGAUUUUCCGCCUCGAGUGGCAGGACACGCCCGCCGAGGUCAGCCCCCUGUGACAAAGGCGAGCCAACUGAAGACCCCACUGGCUAGGCCAGUGCCCAACAAGAAGAUGCCGCGCACUGAAGCUAGCAACCUGCGGGUGCUGGAGAAUAGCACCGUCACCACAGGAGAAAAUGGUGACACCGGCGACCUGACCGAUCAGAACAGUGGGACACAUGCCCAGGGGUUGGCGGAGGUGUCAAGAACCAGCUUCACGUACUUUGGGGGGCCGGAUGACGACGUCGACGGCCUUUUGACGGAAUAUCGCUUUCACGCCGGACCCGCGGCCAGUCGUGGCUCCUUUCAUUCCGACAAAGCCUACGAUGCCGUUAUCAAUAGCACUGGUGAUGAGACGCCUGCGCCCGCGAGUAGCGACGUCCCAAUUGCCUCGGCCUUGUUGGUCGCAUCUGACCAAGCGGCCGUGGAGGCGUUAACGGAGAGCUACCAGAAGCUGAACGAGAUGGUCGUAGAGCUCAACCCGUACGUGAACAGCUCAAAGAAGACCACUUACGAGCAGCUGGCAGCCGUGUCCUCCGUCCCCCCAAAGGACCAGAAGAAAAUACCGAAGCCGUUAGCUGCCCAUCUCAAAAAGGAGCUCCAGACGCUGACAUUGAUGAACAGACGGAUGCAGUCCAAUCUUAAGAUCAUCAUCGGUCCGCUAGACCGCACUGAAGCAGGAGGCCCACCCCAGAUACUCCCGAAACCCUCGACCAAGAACACCACCGGCGGCAAGGCCAAAGAGGCCAAGGGCUACGAGUCCUCGAGCAGCUACUACACGCCAUCCACCAGCUUCAGAUCCAUGCGCCCCAGUCUCGAGAAGAGUGUGGCCAUCAGGAAAAUAGAAUACCGGCACGUUGAGAAUAAGCCAAUGAUGAUGCAGGAGCCUCGCAUCAUCGCCAAGGCCCAGUCGUUCGGCAUGAUCGAGGAGUACAAUCUGCAGAUGAAUAGCAUGAUGGCAACAGAGAGUCUGAAGCCCGAUCCAGAUAGCGAUCUUGAUACCGAUACCGAUUCAGAUAACGAAAUGGAUCAGGGGAUCCCACUGCUGCCUACUCCGGCUCCUGUUGCUGAUUCCAAUGCUGAUUCUCGACGUGCAGGUGCUGCCGCCUACUCCGAUCUAAUACAAGAGAUGAGCCCCUUGUGCCGCAUCGCGUUCGAGAACCUGGGCAAAAAUUCCAGCUUGCUGUUGGGUCAGCUCCGUCCCCUGGUGAAUGAGGCCCGAUCCAUUUACGACAAAGAAAAGGACAGCUUGGCUCGUUCCGUGUCCGACCUGGCGAUGGGAUCCAUUCAAUCGGCAUCGAUUGGCAGUUCGGACGCGGAGUCACCAUUUUGCGAAUUUUUGGCCUCAUUGUAUUCGGGGGCGACAAGCUUGACCUUCGAUGGCAUCCUUACCCCGUCGAUGGCUUCCUGCUUGUCCACCACUGGCAUCUCGACCCCGUCGAUGGUGACAUGCUUGACCCCAAAUGGAGUCUCGACCCCGUCGAUGGAGACAUGCUUGACCUCCAAUGGCAACUCGACGCAAGCGCCCGAGCAUAAGGCCGACAUUGGACUAACUUCGAAGAUGGUGGAGCGGCUACUGGUGACGGCGCUAUCCUCUCUACCCAUUCCCACGCAGGUGCAUUCCGGCACGCAGACAGAGAUUCCAAGGGAUCGGUCACCGCCAGCCACACCACGACGCUCUAGUCUCAUGGCCAAGAAUUGGAAGUCACGUUUGUUAGGGGGGCGCGCAGAGCUUUCAAAACUGCCGCCCCCUGAAAUACGUGCCUCGACGCAGCACCUGGUAGUCCAUAACAAGGGUGUACAGAUUUUCAAGAAAGUCCUGGUGGGGACUUUACAGGUGUUCCUGUUCAUCAUGCUGAUCUUGGUCUGUGUCUAUCCGGAGAUACGGUGCCUCAAGAGCUGACGUUCCAUGAUUUUACUGAUGAUUCUUAAAUGUUUUUUCAAAAUUGUUGCGUGUUGAAGAAGGCACUGGCUUCUCAACGUUUCGUUUCAAUGCGGUUAUCAAAAUUAUGUUUUUUAGUUUUCGUCUUUGCAGACCCACUCAAACAGACACUGGAUCCAGAGCGACAGAUCAAUGUUAAUAAAUAAAUUUCUUGUGUACUAAAUCGUA